ACACCUGGGGAGCGCCGUGGGUGACAUGUACCACGACUGCCAACGCAGUGACUCCACUGAGGCAGAACUUCGGUCUCCAGCACGUCAACCAUAACCUCACAGUCUUUGUUCUUGGUGGUUUUGUUUCAGGUUUGGCACUUGAACUUAUUUGGUGACUCAUCCUGACUGCAGUAACCAGGCUGCCCUUUGAGUCUCGCUGCACCGCGCAGGGCUGAGAUGGACCUUGUUCUCAAAGCCGCGGACCAUUACUUUUUCACGCCGCAUGUCUACCCGGCGUCCUGGCCCGAGGAUGAUAUCUUCCGGCAGACCCUCAGCCUCCUGAUCGUAACAAACCUCGGGGCUUAUGUCCUCUACUUCUUCUUUGCCACGCUGAGCUACUAUUUCGUGUUUGACCAUUCAUUAAUGAAACAUCCACAGUUUUUAAAGAAUCAAGUGUCGCGGGAGAUCAGGUACACCAUCUGGGCCCUGCCCUGGAUGAGCCUUCCCACCAUCUCCCUGUUCCUGCUGGAGAUCAGAGGGUUCAGCAAGCUCUACGACCACCUGGGGGAGUUCCCGUACGGCUGGUUGGAGCUGGUUGGUAGCGUCGUGUCCUUCCUCUUCUUCACCGACAUGCUGAUCUACUUCAUCCACCGAGGCCUGCACCACCGACUGUUAUACAAGAACAUUCACAAGCCGCACCACAUCUGGAAGGUGACCACUCCGUUCGCAAGCCACGCCUUCCACCCCGUGGACGGCUUCCUCCAGAGCCUGCCCUACCACAUCUACCCCUUCGUCUUCCCGCUCCACAAGGUGGUCUACCUGAGUCUCUACGUCCUGGUCAACAUCUGGACCAUCUCCAUUCACGACGGGGAUUUCCGGGUCCCCCGGGCCUUGAAGCCGUUCAUUAACGGCUCGGCGCAUCACACCGACCACCACCUGUUCUUUGACUAUAACUACGGACAGUACUUCACCUUGUGGGAUAGGAUUGGGGGCUCGUUCAAAAAUCCGUCCGCCUUUGAGGGGUCGGGACCCCUUAGUUACGUGAAGAAGAUGGCAGAAGGGAAGUGCAGCGGCUCUGUGGAGAACAAGGGUGACCAUGACGGAAAACGCCACGGAGGGUCUUCAAAGGCUGAGUAGGCGGGCGCCCAGCUUGUCUUAAAGACCUCACACAGCCCAGCAAAAUCAGUACUGAGAAUCAGCAUGGUGUGUACUGCUGGUGGAGUGGCCGCGAUGGAAGAUUCCAGGAGCCCCGCGAUUUUACCUCACGCUUGAUAUGGCAGACGCCGGUGCAAGGGGUGCGGUGUCCGGGCCUCCACCGGCUCCUUUGCCUUCCGGUGCUCAUAUCCAUUCAGAGAAAUUCACCGAGCUUAACGCGCCACACUGAGCACCAAGGAAUAGCCAAGCAAUACUAAUAAUGGAAAGAUGGCGGCUUGCUUGCCGAGGGACUCGUUCCUUAGUGCUGGCUUAUAUUUAGGGCUUUGUUUAAAUGGGAACAUCAGUCUGAAAACAAAUCUGAUCUGUUAGCUGCCAUGGCAGUGACUUACUAAACAGCAGGAAGAAUAAGAUUACCAUCUUCCUGUACACACACACACACACACACACACACACACACACACACACGCACGCCUUAUUCUCUAAGGGACAUGGUUCCCAAUGAAUAUUGAUGAAUAAAUUGGAAUCUUUUAAAAGGUAUCAACUCAGCCAUGAUUUGAUAUUGAUAGUUAUCAUUUAAAAAUCAUUAUUUAAGCAGCAUAAAAAUGUGAAUCUGUGUAUUCCUAGCUAGGGAAUUGUGAUACUCAUAUAUUUUACAUUACUUAUUUUUAAAUUAAAUCGAUGCACUGCACUUUUGAAAUAUUUCCAAAUGACAAACCUGAUGGGUGUUGUUUUCUUUAUCAUGAAGGAAAUAAUUGCCAAAUAUUUAGGUCUCUGAAUCUCAUUCAAAAGAGAUUUAGCCCCAAUGGCUCCACUAAAUGAUUUAAUGACUACUUGCUAAAGAACUAUUUUGAGUUGUGAUAUAAGUGUACUGGGAAGAAACAUGUAGCAUAAAGGUAUUCCAUUAGCUAUUUGUAAAACUCAAUAAAAGGUGAUCAUGACUCAUUACAGUCUGCCAGUUCAAGGUAA